UUUUUUUCCGUUUCUUUAUCUUAUUCCUUAUACCUUUCUAAUUUCCGAUGGAUACGGUUAACGGAAGGAAAAGAAAUGAACACGGGUAUUGGUCUUGAAGCACGUGCAGGCAGCUCCAAUUUAAUAUUAAUGAAUAAACAAACUCGCUGUCUGCCAACGUUAUAGUAUAUUAUAUUAUAUACGUUCGUCCUUUCAUACUUCCACUUCCAACACCUCCAUUAUUUAAAUUCACAUUUCGCACUACCAUAGCAAUCCAACUACCCCCACACUACCAUGGCCGUCGACAACAAGCUUCAUAUAGCCAUCUUUCCAUGGCUAGCUUUCGGCCAUAUGAUACCUUUCCUUGAGCUCUCCAAACUUAUUGCUCAAAAAGGUCACCGAGUCUCUUUCGUUUCCACUCCCAGAAACAUCGAUCGACUCCCCACCAAACUCCCUCCCCAUCUAUCUUCUUUUCUCCGCUUCGUCAAACUUCCUUUCCCUCAAAUCCAUGAUCUGCCCCCCGACGCAGAGGCCACAUCCGAUGUCCCUUACGACAAAGUUCAGUUUCUCAAAAAGGCCCUCGACGACCUCAAACAACCCCUCGUUGACUUUCUUCAAUCUUCCGAUGUUGAUUGGAUCUUGUUCGACUUCGCUCCCUAUUGGUUGAGUCAAGACGUUGGACCAACACUUGGAAUCAAAACUGCUUUCUUUAGUAUUUACACUCCUGAAUGUCUUGUAUUUCUCGGACCCAUGUUCGGCGAUAAUCGAAUUAAACCAGAGGAUUUUACUGUUUCCCCUGAUUGGGUUCCCUUCCCAACUAACGUGGUGUUUCGCCACUUCGAAAUCAUGAGGAUCUUCGAUAGUGUAUCCGGUAACAUCACCGGAGUUUCUGAUUUAGAUCGCAUGAAAAGGGGUGCCCAUUACAGCGAUUUAGUGGUUGUGAGAGGCUGCCCUGAAUUUGGACAGGAGUGGAUUCAAUUACUUGGUGAUAUAUACUGUAAACCUGUUUUCCCAGUAGGUCAACUUCCAACGACGGAGUACGAAACAGGGGAUGAAAAUCCAGCGUGGGGGACGAUUAAAGAGUGGCUGGACAAACAACCCAAAGCUUCGGUUGUUUACGUGGCAUUUGGAAGUGAGGCUAAGCCCAGUCAGAAUGAACUGACAGAAAUCGCUUUAGGAUUGGAAAAAUCAGAUCUGCGAUUCUUUUGGGUGUUUAGAACACGACGAGGACCAAGCGACCCAGAUCCAAUUGAAUUACCCGAGGGUUUUGAGGAACGAACCAAAGAACGGGGUGUUGUGUGGACUACCUGGGCGCCACAGUUGAAAAUAUUGGGGCAUGAGUCGGUGGGUGGGUUCUUGACACACUCCGGUUGGAGCUCUGUCGUGGAAGCGAUUCAGAGUGAAAAGGCUUUGGUGUUACUGACAUUUCUUGCAGAUCAAGGAAUCAAUGCGAGGGUGUUGGAAGAGAAGAAGAUGGGUUACUCAGUUCCGAGGAACGAAUUAGAUGGUUCGUUUACAAGGGAUGCGGUGGCAGAAUCAUUGAAGCUAGUAGUAGCAGAGGAAGAAGGUAAGAUUUACCGAGAAACAAUAAGAAAGGCGAAAUCUUUGUUUGUGAAUAAAGAGAAAGACGACAAACUAAUUGAUCGGCUAUUGGACCAUAUGAAAGAAAAAAUGACCAAAAAUGAACCACUUUGAGGUGAGUAUGCUCCGAAUUUUUACGUGUAACCAAUCUUGAUAUGGGGCUUCUUUUAUUUGCUUAAUUAGUCCCUCUCUCCAAGUAUAUGGCUUUAUUGUUUUAAAUUAAAACUUGGUGUUUCAAUAAUAUUUUGAUCUUAAUAAUUGAA